CAACUCCCGGCCACCUCGCUGGGGGAAAGGAAGGAAGGAAGGAAGGGAGGGAGAAGCUUUUGCAAACUGGGAAGCUUGUUCUGCAGACCCAGUGGUCGUUGGUUUCGAACCAUUUUUUGCUGCAAUUUUUUUUUUUAAAAAAAAUUCUUGUUCAAGGAGACAGGAGGGAGGGAGAGAGGGAGGGGGAAACUCUGCAGAAAUCAGCGAACUGGCUUUUGCACAAGAGUGUGAGACGUUGUCCCUGGGAUACAGAGUGUGUUGGUGGAGGCAGAGGGAGGUGAUGUGGGUUGUAGUUGCUCAGUGACUGAGGAAUGAGCCAGGAAGGGGGCAGGUGGAGACCAGCAACUAAGUUCAUGCUGUCAGCCUGCGCUGCUGCUGUGGCUGAAACAGUGACCUUUCCACUAGAUUUGACUAAAACCAGACUUCAGAUUCAAGGAGAAGCAGUCCAGGAUCAGCAUGGAGGCCGUAGAAGAGCAGUUCCUUACAGGGGGAUGAUCCGAACAGCUGUAGGAAUAGUGAAGGAAGAGGGCUUAUUUAAACUGUGGCAAGGCGUCACUCCUGCUAUCUUCAGACAUGUAGUGUAUACAGGUUCACGGAUGGCGUUGUAUGAACAAAUGCGCGAUCUGGUAUUCCGCAGGAAUGAAGAUGGCAGUUUCCCACUGUGGAAAGCCACAUUAGUAGGAAUGAUGUCUGGUGCCACUGCUCAAUUUAUUGCCAGCCCAACAGAUCUGGUGAAAGUUCAGAUGCAGAUGGAAGGGAAGAGGAGACUUGAAGGGAAACCACCACGAGUCCAUGGGAUGUACCAUGCGUUGAUGAAGAUUCUGUCUGAAGGUGGGAUCCGUGGAUUGUGGGCUGGAUGGCUGCCGAAUGUACAGAGAGCUGCCUUGGUGAGCCUGGGAGAUCUAACUACCUAUGAUACGGUGAAACAUUCUUUAUUGAGGAACACAUCUCUACAGGAUAACAGUUUGUGCCAUAGUUUAGCAAGCAUCUGCUCAGGUGUCGUCGCUGCUACGAUGGGAACCCCUGCUGAUGUAAUUAAAACCAGGAUCAUGAACCAGCCAAGAGAUCGUCAAGGAAGGGGCUUGCUGUACAAGUCCUCCUUUGAUUGUCUAAUGCAGUCAGUGAAGGGAGAGGGGUUCUGGUCAUUGUAUAAGGGAUUUCUACCAACCUGGAUGAGAAUGGCUCCGUGGUCACUGACAUUCUGGAUCACCUUUGAACAGAUCAGAAAGCUAGCAGGAGUCAGCUCGUUUUAGCAGCUUUAACGUACAGGUUUUGAGGCUCUCAAUUAAGAUUUAAUUUAAUCAACAUCUUCUACAAAAACAACAGUUAGCACCAUGUGGAAACAAGCAAAGCUUGGAGAUGUUCUGAUUUCUGCGGUGUGUUCUAUAAAGAGCCUGACAUGUGGUUUACAACAUUCAGGAUAUUUUAAGGGAAAAAAUAAAACUGUCUUUAAGAGAACUAAAACCAUCUAGUACUAUAUCUUGUUCCCCCUGAAUGACUCAAUUAUGGUUAACAGUUAUUCAACCUUUCAUAACCAGUCUCACAGAUAUAACACGGUUGGAAAUAUCAGCUUUAUUUUACAGCUCUGUAUGGAGCACAACUUGAAAUGUAAUUGACAAUUAAAGAAAUUUGGAGUUUUAAUUAAUCUGAUUACAAUAAAGAAGUGAAGACGUAAUGGAAAUCAAUUAGUGGGAGGUUAAGAUGUAAGAGCAUGAAACUGAUUGUUUCCAGGUUCUCCAAACUUUAGUUCUUGCCAACCUGUGCCUAACACUUUCCAAGAUUGGGUGAGCAGGAAGUGCCCCUGCCAUUCUAGACAAACAGAAUUUUCCAUGCAUAUGUGUUUUGAUACUCUUGUGCAUAGUGAUAAGUUUCAUCAUGCCUUAGAAGCCUGGUUGAUGUACACAUUCUGGACCCUGGAUAUUAGUUAUGAACAAGAAGCACAAUCCCAGUUUCAUGUGAAUUAAAGUAUCCAAUGUGAUCACUGGAAGACAAAAUGAAUGUCAACUAUUAACCAAGGUUAUGCAACAGCAGUGCAAUAAAAUAUUAAGUAUUUUCUUUUAAGUACUCACAAAUGUACAACAUUUUUUUUUACUGAGGCAUGGUUUGUUAAUAAGAUGUGAAUGCAAUUAGUGUCUUCGUUGGAAUAAGUGACAUUAGUAUCCCAUCAGUGGGCCAGGUUUGGAAUCAAAGUCACUGAAUUUGAAAGGAGAUGUGAUGGGAGAAAUGCAGUGCUCCAUUAUCUAAUGGAAUUAAGACAUUAGAUAACAAUGAAUACUAGAACUGUUUAAACCUCGAGUAAAUGAAGGCCGAAUGUAUAGAUUUCAUCCUUUCCAA